AUGUAUGUGAUACCCACAAUGUCCACCUCGUUCUGGACCCUGUCUGGGCCAUGUGGGGAUCAUGUGUUCUGUCUUUCAGAACGCCCGUCGUCGGUUGUCCCGGGCUUUUCCACACUCGGUGCUGGUGGCCAUGGCGCGGCUCCACCGAUCCCGGCCUCGGUGAAGCUGUCUUAUCGGGCUUCUCUGGCGAAGGCCGAUGGAGCCGGGCUCCGGACGCGCGUCCGGCCGGUCUGCCCCGUGCCUGGGCGCGGCCCCGCGGAGUUCGAGGCCCACCGGGAAUAA